AUGGCGCCGACGGCCUCGGACCCGAAAGAUCUUAAGCUUGUGUUGAAUCAAGCACGACGCCGCGCUCUCACGACAUUAAUCGGCGGAAUCGUCACUCAUAUGCGCAAGCAGGUUGAGUAUUCAUUCGAGCCUUCAUCCUCACAAGAUGCGGCACCCCUUUUUGUCCCUCGUGAAGCCUCACGUGAUCGCAGCGACUCUCCCUCGUACUCAGACGCAGAUGAAGCACGACAGAGGCGCCUAGAAGCACGUCUCGAGCAGUCUCCUUCGACCCCAAAGUUGGAAGCUCUAAAGAGAGAUGCCUUGAAGUAUUUUAGUAAGUGGGCGACUGAAAUACGAGUUGAAUACAAGAAGAUUGCGGACAGCCCCGACGAUCCGCGCUCAGAGCAGAGAAGAGCGGAGUGGCUGGCUGCGAGAAAUCCACCACCGCCUGCCUAUACGCGCACAGCCUCUGUAUUCAAGACCCCGGGGGCAGAGGGUGCUGCUGUGGCUGCCGAGACGAGAGAGGUACAAGAAGCCAAAGAUGUUUCUCUUCUUCAAUCUCUGUACCCACCAGUUCCCACCCGUCUCACCACAAUUUCUAAGGAGGACCGGAUAUGCCUGGUCAGUUGCAUGGUGCUGUUGCUUUUAAGUCUUGGUCAUUAUUCUGCCCAUUCGAGGACGCUUCUCUGUUACCUUACUUCUAGUCUUGAUCUCCCUCUUGGUGCUCUUACAAAUGAGGAGACGGAAAUUGCACGGACACUUAUGGUAGCUUCAAAGAGCCUCUCUGCGGAUGCAGAAACUCAGAAACGGCAAGCCGAGAGUGCUACUUCCCGCCGUUGGAAGGUUGGACUUGCGUCCGUAGCAGGCGCGGCUGUGAUUGGUAUCACCGGUGGACUUGCAGCACCAGUUGUAGCAGGAGCGAUUGGAGGGAUCAUGGGUGGCGUUGGCCUCGGAGGCGUGGCAUCUUUCCUCGGAAUAUUUGCAAUGAAUGGAGCUUUGGUUGGCACUUUGUUCGGAGCGUUUGGCGGCAAGAUGACCGGAGAAAUGAUUGACUCAUAUGCGAAGGAGGUUUCGGAUUUCAAAUUCCUACCUGUGGCAGCCGAAUGGGGCGAGCACACUACGAAACCGGAGUCCGAAGAAGAGGCACGGCGUCUGCGUGUAACUAUUGGAGUCAACGGUUGGCUUAACACCAAAGACGACGUAAUAAAACCAUGGCGUAUCUUAGGCAAAGACAGCGAAGUCUUUGCUCUACGCUAUGAAAUGGACGCGCUCCUCGAUCUUGGGACCUCUCUCGAAAAUAUGGUCUCCUCAUAUGCAUGGUCGUACGUCAAACUCGAAAUCCUUAAGCGCACCGUCUUAGCAACUCUAUGGUCGGCCCUCUGGCCUGUCUAUCUCCUGAAAAUGGCUACUAGUAUAGACAACCCAUUCUCCCUGGCCAAACGACGUUCGGAAAAAGCUGGCGAAGUAUUGGCAGAUGCGCUGAUCAACAAAGCACAGGGCGAGCGCCCGGUGACUCUCAUUGGAUACUCCCUCGGCGCAAGGGUACUCUACUCUUGCUUAAGAUCCCUCGCGGAAAGGAGAGCAUUUGGCCUUGUCGAGUCGGUGGUCUUCAUUGGUGCACCGGUUCCCUCCGACGCUGACAACUGGCGUGCAAUGCGCAGUGUUAUCUCCGGCAAAGUAUUCAAUGUGUACUCGGAAAAUGACUACAUUCUUGCUUUCCUAUAUAGAGCUACGAGUGUGCAGUUUGGUGUUGCUGGUCUGCAGGAGAUUAGUACCGUCGAGGGUGUUGAUAAUUUGAAUUUGAGCAAGGAAGUUAGUGGACAUUUGCGGUACCCGGAACUAGUAGGCAAGAUUCUGAAGAGGGUGGGAAUUGAACAUGUUCUCGUCGAAGAUGCGGAUAUUGAAGAUGAUGCGACAGAGAUUAAACUUGUGGACGACGAAGAUUUGAUUGCCUUUGAUGAUGAUGAUGAUGGAGAUACGAAGACCGCUGAGCUAGGCGGGUUUAGGAUGGUUGACAAUGAGGUAUCUGCGUCGACCAAAAUCCCUCCACCACCAUUCCCGGAGGAGGCCAACACCAUUACUUCCCCUGGACAUCAAUGGACGAACGUCCCGGUACACACAGAAUCCCUUGCCAACACCUCCCUCAGCACACCUCACUCUCCCCCUGAAAUACUACCAAAAUCCUCCAAUGCCCACUUUGGAACGAACACCAUACCCGUAACACAACCGGAACAUGAUGAUUACUACUCAUCCGAAGAUGAAGGAGGCAUCCAAAUGCUGGAUAAUGACGAUUCACCGCUCCAGGAACUUGAAUGCGAACCUGUUCCCGAGGAACCCGUUGCCCAGACCUUUAGUACAAGGGCUACUGGAAAGGUAGCACCUGAGGACUCAAAAAGUUUGGGAAGUCUCCGGGAAAUGAAGGGAAGUACGAGCGAGAGGCGCGAUGGGAAUGCCGGCAGUGGUAGAAAUGUGGAAGGAAGUGCAAGGGAAGGCGCAAAUGAAAACCAAAACGCCGAGACAAGGAGGUCAGCAGCUAGCAUGGGUUUAUAUUGA